AUGAAACUUUUAAAGGAUGAGGAGAAUUUCUUUUUUGAUAAAGAAUAUCAAAUAAUUAAGAAAAAAACGCUGUUUAAAAUAUUAUUAUCUGUUUUUAUAAAAACACUAUUUGAGUCAUUUCUUCAACCGCUUUUGCCUUUUUACAUUUUAAAUUAUUACAAUAUUGAAGUAAAAGAGUUGGGAAUAUUACUAAGCUUUUAUUCUUUAUCUCAAUGUGUUAUGUGCUUAAUAAUUGGCUUUUUUUCAUCAGUUAAUAAGAAGUAUUUAUUAGUAUUUUUACUUAUAUUUAAUUUAAUAGGUAUAUAUUUAUUUUAUAUUAAAUUAAAUUUUACUUUUUUAAUAAUUAACAGAAUUAUAUGUGGUGGUAGUUCAGUUUUUAAUGUAGUAGUAAAUGCUAUAAUUAAUGAUUUAGUUGAUACAAAUGUUUGUAUUUAUUAUACAUAUAUAAACAUUUUUAAUGCAAUUGGGAUUAUACUAGGUCCCCUUUUAUCUUCCUUUUUUUUAACUAUUUUUAAUUUUCAGCUUAUUUUAAAUUUUAAUACAUUAGGAUUAUUUAUUUCUCUAUUUAUUAUACUUACAAUUUCAAGUGAUUUACUUAUUCAGAAUAAAAUAACAAAUGAUAAAUAUAAACCAAAUAGUAAUUUAGAUAGUGAAAAAUUAACAACUAAUUUGGAUGAUAAAAAUAUUGAAUAUAAUUCAAGUAAAAAUAUAAAUGAAAAAAAUCAAGUUAUAAAUACAAAACUUAUUAAUAAGAAUAUUAGAAGUAAGUAUACGAAAAAUUAUAAAAAUGAUGAAAAGGAAUGCUUGAUAAAUAGUUAUAUUUUAAACACAAAAAGCGAUAUAUUAGAAGUAGGAUAUGAAGAAAAAAUUUCUAAUUAUUACAACGAAGAAUCCUCUAUUUUGUCACAUCAAAAAUCUUUAAAAAAAAAUGAUUAUUUUUAUAUUUCCACAAUCACAUUACUUUUAAAAAAAAAGUUAGACUCACUUAUUAAUAGUUGUCUUAGUUUUAAAUUUAAAUGUCUACUUUCAAUUUGUUUAUUUAGAUUUACUUCAUCAUUUUCUUCAAAUUUAAUGAGUAAUAUAUUUUUUGUCUUUUAUAAUGAUAAUGUUUCAUCAGAUAAUAAGCAAAUACAGAUAAGUGUUUUUGUAUCAUUAAGUGGAAUCAUAAUGAUUUUUUAUCAAUACUUUUCCUUCUCAUAUAUUCUUAAGCAUUUUGGAUAUAACGGUACAGCAAUUAUAGGUUUACUAAUUCAAAGUAUAGGAAUAUUAUUGACAUAUCAUAGUAUAAAAUAUUAUAAUUUAAUUUUUCAAUACAUUAGUAUUUGCUUUAUUCAUUCUUGUUCUUAUGCAUAUAUUGAACCAAUAAUUCCUACAAUAAUUUCUUUAUUUUUUGAUAAAAAUGAUCAAUUGUUUUCACAAAGUAUAGUUUCCUUUUUUAGAUAUUUAUCAUUAACUAUUUCUCCCAUUAUAUACAGUUAUUAUUACAUUGAAAAUCAAUUAUUUCCUUUUUUUAUUUCCUCAUGUAUGUCUAUUAUAUCUAUUUUUUUUGUUAUUCUCUCUUUUAAAUUUCAUUAUAAGAUAAAAAAAAAAUGA